AUGCUAUUUGAAAUCCUUCACAGAUUAGGAACAAAGGCGGACUUGUUGAUGAUGUACCCGGCAGACUAUCAAUUAAAUGAUAGAACGCAGGAAGGCGAACUUCUUUUAAAGGCCAAGAAUAUGUACGGAGUCAAGCUAACGCCGAUUCAAGUUCAAAGCCGCCUAGGAAGUGAUGGUUGUUUCCCCCUCCUAUGCACAACGCAUUUGUGAGGCUAAUAUACUAUACAGACACAUGGGCCAAAAGUUACACCAAACUUCUAGCGUUCAACCAGACACAAUACGAUCGGGUCCUCUCACUAGAUUCCGACACGACCGUUUUAAAACUCAUGGACGAGCUCUUCCUCCUCCCUUCAACCCCCGUCGCACUUCCCCGGGCAUUCUGGCUCGAUCCCAAAGAGCAUAAACUCACUUCCCUACUCGUUCUCGUGGAACCAUCUGAGGCGGAAUUCAAGCGCGUAGAAAAGGCAACAGAGGAGGCCGGUCCAGAUGACUACGACAUGGAAAUACUCAAUAAGGUAUAUGGAAAUAGCGCAAUGAUCAUUCCGCACCGGAAAUACGGUUUACUCACUCGAACAUUCUGGGAAGAUCAUGCCAAAGCAUAUUUGGGCAAUGAUUACGAGAAGUGGGAUCCUGAAAAGGUCAUCAAAGAGGCUUCUCUUAUCCACUUUUCGGACUGGCCCGUUCCCAAGCCCUGGCUGUCGAAUAAAGCCAAGAUGGAACAAGUUGCGCCUAAAUGCGAUGGUAAGCAAUCGCAGGAUUGUAAAGCUAGAGAGAUCUGGUUUGGAUUAUACGAGGAUUUUGCAAAGCGGAGAAAGGUAGGUUCUAGUAGCUUCUCGACUGAUCUUCAAUGCUAA